AUGGAAAUCUACAUGGACGGAUGGUACAAAUUUAGUGGGAACGAAAACCUGCCAACUUAUCCUCUUAAGUCAGGACAGUGUGGUUCAUCUUCUCCUAUCUGGCUGGAUGGUACUUAUCCAGCAACAUAUGGUGAAAUAUCCUCACUGACAGCAUGCAUGGUAGGAAAUGAUACAGAAUGUGGAAACAGCUGGAAUGUUUCUGUAAUGCAUUGUGAUGGAUACAAUGUUGCACAUCUGAAAUCAUUGUAUUCUAUGGCGGACUGUGGCAGAUAUUGUAUGGAAUACACCAAUGAUCCCUGUUCUAACUACAGCGUUAUAGACUAUGAUUUCACAAGACAUCAAGACUACUUCGACCAUUCAUACAACUGUGAUGACUUUUGGUCAGGAGGGUGGUAUUAUUUUGAAGGUGGUUACAACUUAUCGACAACCCCGGCCAUGUCCGGUCAGUGUGGAUCAUAUUAUCCAAUUUGGAUCAAUGGUGAGACUUAUCAAAUACAAAGUAAACGAUAG